AUGACGUUGGCCCUCGGGGUGGUCGCGAAGCGAAUGGCGGAGCCCCAUAGUACUAGUUCCCAAGCCAGAUGGAACAGUCAGGUUCUGUAUCGACUUCCGCAAGAGAAGGAAGGGCCAAACAAACCUUUGAGAGUGCGUGUCCGAUCUCCAGGCAACAAGUUAUCUGGCCGAUGGAAGCUACCCCAGGCCUCAGGCCUCAGGAGUCUGCGCAGACCUCAUGGCUACCUCUUGGGUUAUGGGGAAAGCAGCCGGAAGAUGAGUUAUGUUCCUCUGCAAAAACAUGAACGAAGCCAGGAAGCUAAGAAACUAGCAUCUGAAUCGGUUUAUGUGGUUUCACUGCAGUCAAGGAAUUCCCAAAGACAGAGUCAGCCAGUCUAUAGUGCAGCUUUAACCAAGAGAAAGGUCUCAGAGGAGGAUGAGCUAGAGGAGGCAAAAGACAUAAGUGUUCGUGUUAUGUCCUCUCAAUCUGUGCUUGUUGCAUGGACGGAUCCCAUAUAUGAAAAACCGAAGAAGGUUGACCCAACCAGGCGAUACGCUGUUCGUUAUCGAGAGAAAGGGGAAUCAGCAAGGUGGGAUUACAAACAAGUGCCUAACAGACGGGUGUUAGUGGACAAGCUGAUACCAGACACCAUGUAUGAGUUUGCAGUGCGAAUUUCAGAGGGAGAAAGGGAAGGCAAAUGGAGUGUUUCCGUUUACCAACGAACCCCAGAAGCUGCUCCUGCAAGUGCACCUGAAAAUUUAGAUGUUUGGCCAAUAAAAGGCAAAACAACCUCUGUCACUGCAUCUUGGGACCCUCUUGCAGAGAGUGAAGGAAAAGUAAAAGAAUACAUUCUUUCAUACGCCCCGGCUCUCAAACCAUUCGGAGCAAAGUCCAUCACCUACCGUGGAGGUACUACUUCUGCCAUAAUAGAUGGUCUGCAGCCUGGGGAACGCUAUAUUUUCAAAAUUCGUGCAGCAAACAGGAGGGGACAAGGUCCUCAGUCUAAAGCCUUCAGUGUCAUUAUGCCAACAGCCAGUAGGGAUGAUUCAAAUGUUCAUCAACAAACAAACAUUCAAGAUAAUAUGGAGUCUAAAAAACCUGGUGAUGAUGUGCCUUCAUCUCCAUCUCGAACCUUUCCUGUUCCUUCUCGGAAAAUCCAACCAUCAGCUUCCUCUAAGCAUACUGCUGUUCAUUCAUCUAGUUCUCCUAGUGGUGGAGAUACAAAAAGUCCUCUUUCUGAGUUUAAGAAUAAACUGUUGGCUGGUAGUGGGGUGCUGAAUAAAUCACAGCUAUUCUCUAAAAAGACAUCAGAGCGAGAACCUGAUCCCCAAGUCACUGAAGUCACAGAUGAUCAAGAUUCCUCCAUUGAAAUGCCAACACCAUUGCCUAAAACCCAAGAUCAGAGAAGACACAUUGGACCCUACUCUCCUAGCCGGCCAUUUCCUUCUGUCCUUUCUUCAGGUAGAACACCAGUUAGGCCACGCACUCCAGUAAGGACAAGACAAAUGAGCACAGACAAACAUGGCUCCUCUUCAUCUUCCUUGUCCCAACGCUCCUCAUCCUCUGCAUCUUCUCCCAUUUCUAAGUACACAGAUAAUGAAACAAAGCAUCAGAGACAAGGCAACUCUAAUAUUCCUUCUUCCCCUAAAAUCCCUUUAGAUAAUAUGCCUGCUGAAAAUGUACCUCAUGAUAUUGCAGAUAGUGUGGAGGAAAAGCAAGUAAGACUAGAUUCUGUGCCAUUAAAAAAAACAGGGUCCAGUCAAGUAUCUCCUAAAACUCCAGAACACACUCACUUGGCUUUACCAUUGAAUCGGCAGUCUUCUGUGUCUCGCAAGGUGGUCCAGAGCCAUCAGACUAAGCCACACACCUCUUCUGUGCCAGUUAAAUUACCUACAUCAUUAACAGUUACAAACUCUCAAAGUCAUUCACGCUAUCCCUCUUCUAAAUUAGUUCACUCUGAUACCCUGGAUAGUUAUGACAAUUAUGAUGGCAAAGAGGCAGAGAGUAGAAAUGAUAGGUCAAGUUCCAGUUCUUCUCAUGAUGGAGAUUCACUUCCAUCACUGCAAACAAAACUUCACUCAGGUUCUAAUCCUCACAUGUUGAAGGAUCCAAAAUUAGCCACCGCCGCUGCAUCAUCACAGUCUGCUGUUUCUGCUUCUGGUAAUCAUACUUUGACUAACUCACGCAUUCCAUCUUCUGCUAAACGCAAGUCUGAGGGAAGGGAUGCUGAUGAUGGUAAUUAUAGUAAGGACACAGAAACAGAAGGGGAAGAGAAAAGACAAGACUCUUCCUUGUCUAGGUUUAAUUCUAGGUCUUUUUUAGGACAGACUGCCUCUGAACGUUUUAAUUUGCCCAAGCACAAGUCAUCUCAUACAAUCAAUAAGUUUCCAAAUAAGAUCAGUAGUAGUCAAGAAUCUAAGCUACCACCAUCUAAACCCCCGUAUUCUGCUGUCUCCUCAAAGGUUCAUCCUCAGACUAAUGCACGCCUAACCUCAACUAGUGCCACUAGGUCUAGUUCCAAUAUCGAGAGAGAUACUAGAGAACUGGAGGGUGAAGAUGAGAAACCAUUACCCUCAACUAUUGCACAUGACCAUUCACCUUCCUCUUCUAGACUGUCAUCUUCAGCAGCAAUCUAUUCUAGAAGAAGAAGUCCUUCAGUAGAGUCUAGUGUUCACCGCAGAGAGCCAGUCAAAGAAAAAUCACAGCUCCCUGGUUCAGAAGAUGAACUUCUUAGUACAGAAAUAGAGGAAACUCCCACAAAAUCAGGCUCUUUGCUUACAGUCCGCCGAUCUUCUUCAUUGCCCUCAAUAUCUGGGAGAUCUCCCUCAUCUACCAAAACUAACCACCACUCUAGUCCUAGUGUUUCUCACCAGGUAACAAAUGGUCAGGAUUCAAGGUCAAGAGCUUUAUCAGGCUCAUCAUCUUCUACUGGGUCUUCAUCAGUGGCUACUGCAGAAAAGUAUUCUCUUGUACAGUCUUUUACUUCCAAACAACAGCCUGAUGAUCAGGACAGUAAGGAGGUGAAGGAAACCUUUGCGAAAUCAAAACAAAGUAUACCUUUGUCUAAAAAAACAUUAACUGGAGGCUCUCAUUUUUCAUCUAAAAAACCUCUCCAUUCAGAACCAAGCCCUUCUCAAAAGGCACAUGCGGGUCAGUCUCAACUUCCAUUCUCCUUAUUAAAUUCUAGAGGCUGGCUUCCUGCUCAGAUCUCCCACAAAAGUAAUGAAAAAUUACAGGAGGAUGAGGAUGUGGCUGAGGAGGAGGAAGCAGAUGACAAAAUAAAUACCCAUUCUGCAUUCCCUAAAGAUGUCUCUUCUUCUAGGAGAAUAUCUACCUCUUUGUCUCAGGGAAGUUCUAGCUCAUCUCUUUCAAAGCUCCAGCAGUCAGUUUCUCAAAUUAGUAAAGUUGAUGAAAAACACAAAAGUAGUCAUGACUCUCCAACUUCUUCCAGAGGAUCAAGUUCAUCUUUGCCAGCAGGCAGACAUGUUGGAUCCAGGGUAGCCACUUCAAAUGAACAGGUGUCAGAUUCGUAUAAACAAUCUUCAUCUUCCUAUCAAUCAAAACCCUCUCAGCCAAGCUCUAGCUCCAUCACUGACACAGCAAAGGACAAUCAGAAUAGCAGGGAUACUUCUUUAUCUUCAAAGUCAUCCUCCACUUCUUUGAGACGAACUCAUCCUUCAGUUCCUAAUUACCAUUCAGGUUCCAGAGUCCCUACUAGAAUAGCAUUCAAAAGUGAGAAGAAAUAUGGACCAUUCCAGUCGCCACCAUCAAAAGUGGAACCUUCUCCAAAAGCUCCUCUCUCCUCUAUAUCUAAAUCUCGCCAGUCAGGUUCAAAAGAUGAUGAGGAGGAGGAGGGAGAAGUGGAGGAGAAACCCACAUUAUCUUCAGCUGCAAAAUGGUCAUCUUCCUCCAAUUCUAGAGGCAGUACAAAUAUGAAUGGCAAUGGUGCCAGGGAUAAAAGGAAACCCAUGGGCUCUCGUCUAAUACACAAAGUAAGCUCUGCAGAAGAAAAAGAGGAGGAAGAGCCUCCCACUUUAAAACAAUCUCUUCCUGCCUCACAAGGCAGGUCAUCGUCUUCUGUAGUCUCAAGAAUUUCUCAGACCCCUAACAAACCACAUACAUCUUCUAAGCCAAGAUUGGCCUGGCCACGCUUCUCUGCAUCCUUAUCUGUGCCUUCUCAGCUGUAUCCCACACGCUCUGCUUCUCCAACUCUUACUUCAUCUUCAUCCCCUCUCGUGCCCCAUCAACGACUACAAAGGCAACGAAACCUUUCUCAACGGCAAUUUGUCAGACCUCCAUAUAGACAAGGUAGUAAUGGUAGGCCCAAUCUUACAACAAAAACAAAUAUAAAUGGGAAAAUACUACCUGGUAAUAAUGGAAAACAAAGUGGACAAAGAAUAAUCAAUGGUCCUCAAGGAACAAAGUGGAUUGUAGAUCUCGAACGAGGGGUAGUGUUGAAUGCUGAAGGAAGAUACCUCCAAGAUUCCCAAGGAAACCCCCUCCGAGUGAAACUAGGAGGAGAUGGACGCACUAUUGUUGAUGCUGGUGGUGCUCCAGUAGUGAGUCCUGAUGGAUUACCUUUGUUUGGACAUGGGCGAUUUAGUAAACCUCUAGCAAGUGCACAAGAUAAACCAGUAGUAAGCCUUGGAGGGAAACCACUGAUUGGUCUUGAAAUGAUUAAAAAGACAACAACUUCUUCAACAACUACGACCACAAUUCCCACAACAACCACAACUACCAUCACAACCACCACUCCUGAACCAACGACUACUGAACUUCCAACAGAGAAACCACUACCUACAUGUCCCCCAGGCACUGAUGCUAAGUAUGAUGAGGAGGGCAUGUUGGUAAUAGGGCUUGAUGGCCUGCCUGAAUGCAAUGCAGAAGAUACAUUCUCAGGGCUGGAUAUGGAUGUGACACCAACUCCAGAGGCAUAUGUGAUCUAUGACGAAGACUAUGAGUUUUUUGAGAGCACUUUGCCUCCCACCACUACCAUGAUCACUACUACUACUGCUGCUACUACUACUACUACAGAAGCAGUGCCUGAGACAGACUAUCCAGAGAUCAGUGUUGCCGGCUCCGAUCCUAUGUCAGAAUUUGACUUAGCUGGGAAGAAACGAUUUACAGCUCCUUAUGUGAGUUAUCUCAACAAAGAUCCUGCAGCUCCCUGCUCCUUGACAGAGGCAUUGGAGCACUUCCAAGUGGAAAGCCUGGAUGAAAUCAUACCCUAUAAUCUAAAAGAGGGAGAGCUGCAUCCCCGGACAGUCCCUUACAAUAUCACAGUGGUGGCAGUGGAAGGCUGCCACUCCUUUGUCAUUGUGGACUGGGCCAAACCCCGACAAGGAGACCUGAUAACAGGUUACUUGGUUUACAGUGCAUCUUAUGAUGACUUUAUAAGGAACAAGUGGUCAACCAAGACUGCAGGGGCUACUCAUUUACCUAUUGAGAACCUGAAGCCAAAUACAAGAUACUAUUUUAAAGUCCAAGCAAAGAAUCCCUAUGGUUAUGGGCCUAUUAGCUCUUCGGUCUCAUUUGUCACAGAAUCUGAUAAUCCACUGCUUAUUGUCAGACCACCUGGUGGUGAGCCCAUCUGGAUCCCUUUCACUUUUAAAUAUGAUCCCACCUACUCAGACUGCAGUGGAAAGCAGUAUGUGAAACGCACUUGGUACCGAAAAUUUGUGGGAGUGGUUCUUUGCAACUCUUUGAGGUACAAGAUUUACCUCAGUGAUGACCUGAAAGAUACAUUCUACGGCAUUGGAGAUAGCUGGGGGAGAGGUGAGGACCACUGCCAGUUUGUGGAUUCACACAUGGAUGGAAGAACAGGGCCUCAGUCAUAUGUAGAAGCCUUGCCCACCAUUCAAGGGUAUUAUCGCCAGUAUCGCCAGGAACCCGUGUCAUUUGGGCGCAUUGGUUACACAACACCUUACUACUACGUCAGCUGGUAUGAGUGUGGCGUGCCAAUUCCAGGGAAAUGGUAACCAUGUAGCAGUUCACCUGCAGAUCGUAUGGAGAGUGCACCAAUCAUGCCUUUCAAAUGACUUGUACUGGAAGACUGUGACUAGUUGUUUAGGAAAAGAAUAAAACAUGAAAGAAACCAGCUAAGACCAGUUGCUCAAGAGACCCCAACCAAACUAAAUACUGUACACAUUUUCUCAGCUGAAAUCUGUGGUGCUGUUUGAUCACUCUGCUUGGGACAGGAUUUGAAUUUGGUGCCCUACUUUCCUUCUCUGGGUCUUAAAAGGCAUGGAGAUGUGGUUGUAAUGGGCGCAACCAGUGCUCAGUGAAACCUAAAACUUUACUGUUCACAAAAACUUGGAAGUUGUGUAUAUCCUGCAGGAAUGACCUAAGCAUGCUGUGCUUGCUUAAUGGAAUGUUAAACACUUUUCAUUGUUAUUAAUAGAAUGCUCCAUCACUUACAACUUGUGGAGUUCCAUGCUUCUGAGUUUUACUAUACAAUCAUGCCAAGUUGCUAGACAUUCACCAAAGGGAAUAUAUUCUACUUAAAACUUCUCUGGUGGGUUUGCCCAUUCCUGGACUAAACACCAGGUCACAGUGUAAAUUCACUUUUUAUAUAUAUAUAUAUAAAUACAGUACUCUAUGUCCAAAGUACUACAUAGAGAAGCUGAGUUUUUCUUGUUCACUAGAUAAAUAUGGCUGGGAUUUUUAUGUAAAAGGUGCUGUUAAUUAAUAGGUCUUCUGAUUUUUAGUCCAUGAAACAUUUUACUAUGCACAAUAUAUUAACCAUGAAAAGAACUUUGUUCUUCUUAUUAGUGAGCAAAGGUCUGUGACAGCUUCCUAGCAAACCAAAGGACUGGAUAUUUAAUGAGAGUAAAUCUUUUUACCUAUACUAAAAUUGCAUUAUAAACCAACAUAGGUGCCGUACCAUCAGAGUGUCAACAUUUAAGUUAAACUUUCUGUCCAGUACUAUUUAAAAGGCUGAGUUCAGUUUUUGUUUGAUUCAUUUUCAUCAUCUUUGUGUAUUAUUUAUUCUUUGUGAGGUUAUUAAGUCUCACUGUGUGAAUGGAGGCACAGUGAGAUAACACAGGACUUGCAGACAAGUUUUAACUUAUUUUCUAAACAAAACAGACACCUCUAGGAUGCUUGAGCAGCACAAAACUCCUCUGACUCCGAUCCAUCAUGUGAAUGAGGUGUGAAAGUCAUCAUUCUUUCUCUAAAGCACAUCAGAAGGGCAGACCACACAGCAUGUCUUCCAUCAAAGGCGGAGAAGCAAAAGCUGGUGUGUCUGGGAGGUGCACUCCUGAUUUUUAGCCAGGAAUACAAACCUUAUUUGGAAAGUACUCAGUAACAUACAAUUUCAGUAUGCAUCAGAAGCAAUUUCUCCUGCCAUAUUACUCUCUCUCUUAAUGUAGCACAUAAGUUUACUCUGACCCCAAGGGAUUUAGCCUUUGUGGCCAUACUGUUUCACUGUUACAUCUUAUAAGCCUUUGCUCACGUCAAAAAAGACUCCAGCAUUCUGACGGCCUGGGAAAAUGGCAAUAUACCUGGGGAACAAAUUCAACUUCUUGAUCAUCUGUCACUCUCAUUCCAGUUUACAUACCAUAUAGGACUAAUAUCUUAUAAGCCGCUUUUGUAGUUAUUGUAAAUGUAUGGGGAGAAAAGUAACUAAAGUGAUUAUUGAAAGAGCUUUUUAUUUUCACAGUGGUGCUGGGAUUGAACACUGAAUUGUUUUCACAUUUUGUUUUGCUUCAAUGCAGUGCCAAAUAUAUGAUCUUUAAAUAUAGCUUCUUUCCCUAAUAAACGUAUGAUAUA